AUGCCCAGUACCUCUCGUCAGAAUGAGCCCAUCGCCAUUAUCGGCAGCGCCUGUCGGUUCGCGGGUGGUGUCAAUACCCCAUCAAAUCUGUGGAACUUGCUACGAAACCCCAAAGAUGUUCGCACAGAGAUUCCUAGCACCCGCUUCAAUGCCACUGGAUACUACCACCCAAACAGCGCACACCAUGGCCACAGCAAUGUGAAGCACUCGUAUCUUAUCAACGACGAUCUAAGCGCCUUCGAUGCUGAAUUCUUCAGCAUCAACCCUAUCGAAGCGAAAGCAAUGGAUCCCCAGCAACGCGUUCUCUUGGAAGUCGUAUAUGAGUCCUUGGAAUCAGCUGGACAACAAAUCGACAAUCUACGAGGAAGCGAUACUGCUGUUUUCGCUGGUGUCAUGACAGGAGAUUGGGAGGCCAUGCUUCUACGUGAUCUUGAUGCUGCUCCAACUUAUUUUGCUGUCGGAACUUCACGCGCAGUGCUCUCUAAUCGCAUUGCGUACUUCUUCGACUGGCAUGGUGCUGCUGUAACGAUCGAUACUGCAUGCUCUUCAAGUCUAGUAGCUGUGCAUCAAGCCGUCCAAGCUUUGCGAUCAGGAGAUUCUCGGAUGGCUAUUGCCUGUGGAGCGAAUUUAAUCCUUGGGCCGGAGAGCUACAUUAUCGAAAGCAAGCUCAAAAUGCUUUCGCCUGACGGCGUUUCCCGGAUGUGGGAUAAAGAUGCGAAUGGUUAUGCGCGCGGCGAUGGCGUUGCUUCGCUACUUUUGAAGCCAUUGUGCGAUGCUAUCGCUGAUGGAGACCGCAUCGAAGCCAUAAUUCGGGAAACUGGCGUCAACCAAGAUGGUGCUACCGCUGGUUUGACAAUGCCAAGCGCCAUCGCGCAGAAGGCCUUGAUUCACGCAACAUACGCGAAAGCCGGACUCGACAUUCGAAAUGACCGUCCCCAAUAUUUCGAAGCACAUGGCACUGGAACUCCCGCCGGGGACCCAGUUGAAGCUCAGGCAAUCAGCAGCGCAUUCUAUGACGGAAGUAUAACGUGUGCCGCCACAGAUGACCCGCUCUACGUUGGUUCUAUUAAGACUGUGUUGGGUCACACAGAGGGCACUGCAGGCAUCGCAGCAAUCCUAAAAGCUUCUUUGGCCAUGCAGAAUUCCACAAUUCCGCCAAAUCUCUUGUUUGAGAAUCUGAGUCCCACAGUGGCUCCAUUCUACAACGAUCUUCAGAUAUUGACAGCACCAAAGCCUUGGCCACAUCUGCCACCAAACGUGCCAAAGAGAGCAAGUGUCAAUAGCUUUGGAUUCGGGGGCACCAACGCGCACGCCAUCCUCGAGAGCUACGUAGAGUCCUAUCGUGACCCCUCUGAGAACAAGAUCGCACGAUUCACGCCGUUUGUGUUCUCUGCUGGCUCCGAAAAAACUCUUCGUGCGAAUCUGGCUGCUUUUGCGGACUACCUAGACGGGAGUGAAGUCAACAUUGACGAUCUUGCGUACACCUUGCAGGAGCGCAGGAGCGUGCUGUCUCGGCGCAUAGCGCUGCCGGCAGACCGACUCGUGGAGCUCAGCAGUACGAUUCGAACACUCAUCAGUGACACAGAGGCCACCGUCGGAACGAAGGCAACUCAUAGCACAAAGCCACGUGUACUUGGAGUUUUCACAGGUCAGGGAGCUCAAAGCGCCCGCAUGGGUGCAUCAUUGAUCGAACAAUCUUCGCUUGCCUCUGAGAUUAUUCAACGGCUGGAAAAUUACCUUGCAGAGCUUCCUGUGCUUGAUCGGCCGAGCUGGUCACUUCGAGAGCAGAUCCUCGCAGACAAUGACUCACGUGUUGGCGAAGCUGAAAUCUCGCAACCUCUUUGUACCGCCAUCCAGAUUAUGAUCGUCGAGCUUCUGGCGACCGCUGGAGUGACCUUCGCUGGGGUCGUGGGCCAUUCUUCCGGCGAGAUCGCAGCUGCGUAUGCAGCCGGAUAUCUGACAUCUCGGGACGCGAUUCUCAUAGCUUACUAUCGAGGUCUUCACUGCAAGCUUGCGGCUAGUCCUACGAAGGACACCAAAGGCGCUAUGCUGGCAGUCGGCACCUCCAUGGAAGACGCGCUUGAGCUUUGUGCCGACCCCGAAUUCGCUGGUCGCGUAAGCGUUGCUGCAAGCAAUUCGUCAUCGAGCAUUACGAUCUCCGGGGACGAGGAUGCCAUUGCAGAGCUCCAAACCAUCUUCAGCGACGAGGGGAAGUUUGCCAGGCGAUUGAAAGUUGAUCAGGCUUAUCAUUCGGCGCACAUGCUUCCUUGCUACGAGCCCUAUGUUAAAUCGCUGCAGCAUGUCGGAGUCAAGGCACUUAACCCCCCCACAGGGGCGUGUGUCUGGUACUCGAGCGUCUACGAAGGCAAAGUCGCCCACUCUGGGCUUUCUCUGGACGAUGAGUAUUGGGCAUUGAAUAUGACCAAGCCGGUUCUCUUCUCUCAAGCAGUCACGGCGGCAGCGUCAUCCGGGUUGUCAUUCGAUGUGGUUGUUGAGGUUGGACCCCACCCUGCGCUACAGGGACCUGCCUCUCAGACACUCCAAGACACACUUGAAAAGACAUUACCCUACCACGGAACACUGUCGAGGAGUCUUGACGCUGUGAGAUCGCUUUCAUCGGUGCUGGCAUUUCUCUGGUCUCAUCUUGGUAAAUUUGUCCAGCUGGCUAAGUGCCAAAAAGCCUUAUCGCCGAUCAAGUCAGUCUGUAAACUUCUCAAAGGCCUGCCUUCUUACCAAUGGAACCAUGAGAGUAAGUACUGGCACGAAUCUCGACGAUCACGCCGAAUGAGAUUGCGGUCGAAGCUCUUCCACCCGCUCCUGGGAGAUGUUUCUCCAGAUAGCGCAGCGCAUCAUUUGAAAUGGAAGAAUGUACUCCGACCCAACGAGAUCGAUUGGCUUGAAGGCCAUCAAGUUCAAGGCCAGAUUGUCUUUCCAGCUGCUGGAUAUGUUUCCUCCGCGGUUGAAGCAACUCUGGCACUUGCUGAUGUGAAAAAGAUGAGUCUUAUUGAGAUUACUGACUUCCACAUCCACAACGCCCUGACUUUCGACGACGACAAUGGGGUCGAGGUGCUGAUCGAGCUCUCCAAUGUUUCUGACGCUCAAAAAGACUCGAUAAUUGCCCAUUUCACCUACUCUGCGGCACUGAGCGGCGCAGAUGGCGAGCUCACAUUAGCCGCCUGUAGCAAAGUCAAAAUCAUUCUUGGUCCAUGGUCCACUGAGACGCUACCGAGCCGCCGGCCUGCGCCCCCUCAUCUGAUCAAUGUCGAGCAAAGUCGAUUAUACAACUUUAUGGAAAGUCUGGAAUACGACUUCACAGGCCCAUUUCGUUCCUUGUCGACGCUCCAGCGGAAGCUGGGCAAGGCACGAUGUACCGCCCAGAAAGCAGACACCACGGAUGCAAAGAGCUUGUUGAUUCAUCCCGUUGAUCUUGAUGCCUCUUUCCAGUCGGUAAUGCUUGCUUAUAGCUAUCCAGGAGAUGAUCAAUUGCGCAACCUACACUUGCCAACCAGUAUAUCGAAGAUCAGGCUCAAUCCCGCCGUCCUUACUCAAGACUCGUCUGACAGAGCGUUGGAAAUUGACUCGAUAUGCAACCAAGAGGACCGUGUCACUCCUGGCGCCGGCUUCAGCGGCCACGUCGAGAUUUACAUGAAUGGUCUCUCUCACUCAGCUAUACAAGUGGAUCGAGUUCUUUUCAAGCCGAUCAAGUCGGGAGCUGACUCCGAUCGAAAUGUCUUCUACAAGAUGCACUGGGUUCCGAGCGCUCCAGAUGGACAUCGAGCUGCAUCAGGCAUUCCUAUCAGCCAGAACGACGUCGAUCUCCUCUGGAUUCUAAGUCGGAUCGCUUCAUUCUACCUGCGAAAGUUCGACGAGGACGUACCAGAAGAUUCACCUGCGCGCCGGGAAAGCCCACUGUGCCACUAUUUGAAUUAUGCUCGGCAUAUGACCCAGCUUCUGUGCAGUGGGGAGCACAAAUAUGCGCGGAAAUCCUGGGCAGACGAUACUGUGGAAGAUGUGAGAGCCGAGGUCAAGGCCAAAGGAGUUGAGGACAACUCGGACGUCAAGAUCAUGUUCCUCGUUGGAGAAACAAUGCCCCGCGUCUUUACUGGAGAAACCACAAUGCUUGAGCACUUCCGCGAGUCCGGACUCUUAGAUGAAUAUUAUGCCAACGGUUUUGGCACAAUGCAGUCCUCGCUAUGGCUCAGUCACGCAACAAAGCAGAUCACAGACCGCUCUCCGCACCUUAACAUACUGGAAAUUGGUGCUGGAACCGGUGGCGCGACCAAGAACAUCCUCAAUGAAAUUGGGCACGACUUUGACAGCUACACCUUUACCGACAUCUCCUCCAGUUUCUUUGAGAAUGCUGCAGACAUCUUUUCUCCAUGGCGUGAACGCAUGGUGUUCAAAGUGUGCGACGCUGAAAAGGAUCCACUCACUCAAGGAUUUACUGAAGGGGCAUAUGACGUUGUAAUUGGGUCUCUCGUUGUGCAUGCGACGGCACAGCUGGACAAAACUAUGCGCAAUCUCCGAAAGCUUCUGAAACCAGGAGGCUACUUGAUCAUUGGCGAAGGUAGCAGCGAUGGGCCGCUGCAGUCUGGAGACGGCUUCAUCUUCGGUGCUUUACCCGGCUGGUGGCUUGGCGUCGAUGAGGGACGAAACCUUUCGCCAUUCAUCAAUGUACCGCAAUGGGAUUCUAUCCUGAAACGAACUGGAUUCUCCGGAAUUGAUACGCUCUCACCACCAGACUUUCUCGAAACGUUCGGUGUCAUACUGUUCGUCUCGCAAGCGGUUGAUGAGCGUGUGGAAUUCCUACGUGAACCUCUGAAGCCAUCAGCCUUCACUCCCGCUAUCCCAAAGCUUGCAAUCAUCGGUGGCGAGACAGAAAUUGUUGCCACCAAGAGACUGGAGUUGAAGUCAAUCCUCGGAAAUAUUGCCGGAGAGAUUGUCACUUUUGACAGCCUCGAGACCGUCGAUCAUGCAUUGGUCGAUGAAGAAACGACCGUAUUGAGCUUGACAGAGCUUGAACGUCCAGCUUUCAAGGAGAUUACGCAAGAAAGAUGGUACAGUUUUAGAAAGUUUUUCGAAGCUGAAAGGACAGUGUUGUGGGUCACUAAGGGUCGUCUUGAAGAUGAACCCUUCUCCAACAUGAUUGUCGGCUUCGGGCGCUCUGCUGUGCACGAGCUCGACAAUCUACGUCUACAGUUUGUAGACAUUCCAGACGUGGAGUCUUUGAGCGCCACAUCCUUGGCUGAAACCUUGAUCCGUUACCACGCCAGGACAGUGGAGGAUGAUAACAUCUUGUAUGUUGCAGAGCCUGAGAUCGUCCUUGACGCGAACUCCACCGAGCUCGUGCCUCGUCUGGCUCCAAUUGCGGAAGCGAACGAACGCUAUAACUCUCUCCAGAGACCGAUACCAUACAAAGUGGAUCUUUCUGAGUCCAUUAUCGAACUGGAACAGGCAGAGGACGGAACCUACUUCAGAGAAAUGACCAGGUUUGAGAUCAACAAGGAAGUUGCUCAUGCUGAAAGCAUCCAGCUCCGCAUCACCAAUAGCUCCUUUUCUGCGAUCAAGACAAGUGCAGGACAACUUUUCCUCGUUAUUGGCAAGAAUGACAGCAAUGAGGAUGUCUUGGCACUCAGCUCAAGUCUCAGCUCGACAAUCAGAGUCCCAGAAGCAAGUACCAUCAAAGUUGACUUGGCCGUCCGUUCAGGAAGCAAGUACCUUGCUACUGCUAUCCUGGAGCUCCUGGCCUUCGGGAUACUUCAGCCAAUGUUUGAAGGCCAGGUUUUGGCAGUACACAAUCCAACCAAAGGACUGGCUAGAGCAGUCUCUGCGCAGGCUCUCGAGCGCGGAAUUCCGGUAAUCUACACCACCGAUGAGCAAAAUGACCCGGAAAAAUGCAAAAAGCUUUCAACUUACGCUAGUCGCACUGAUAUUGCAAAGGCUAUCGGUCGUGAUGUGGCCUCAUUUGUCAGUUUUUCCUUUGGCAUCUCGAACAAUGACCAAACGAUCUUGUCGGUUCUUCCGGAUCAUUGCCGGGUAGAAACGAUCGCAACAUUGUUCUCAAAUAAAGGCACAACCACAUUUCACACCCCAGCCAUGGCUCUGCAACAAGUUUUGCUUAGCAUCUCCAGCCGAGUCACGAGCCGAAAAGAGACCGAAGACAGUGAAUGCGAGAUCUUGAACAUACGUGAUCUCGCCGCAGGAACAAGCCUGCAAUCACCACUGACUACCAUUGAUUGGGUUUCGCAUGAGCCUUUAACUGCCAGGCGAAGUCGGCUUGAUUACAGACCCAUGUUCAAAGCCGAUCAGACCUAUUGGCUGUGUGGAAUGUCAGGAGCACUCGGGAUCUCGCUUUGUGACUGGAUGAUCGAUCAAGGCGUCCGUAACUUGGUGUUGACCAGCAGAAACCCGAAAGUCGAGCCUGAUUGGCUGGAGAAUCAUAAGACGAACGGUGUGAGAGUGGAGAUACUCACAUGCGAUGUCACUGAUCUUCAGGCGCUGAAGCUAGUGCAUGAGAAGAUAGAAGACACAUUUCCACGUAUAGUCGGUGUACUCAACGGCGCCAUGGUGUUAAGAGACAGCUCCAUACAGAACAUGGAAUUCGAUCAAGUUACGGACGUGAUACGACCCAAGGUUCUCGGAAGCAAGCAUCUGGACGAAAUAUUCUUUGACGUGGAUCUGGAUUUCUUCAUUUUAUUAUCCAGUAUCAAUUGUGUAAUUGGCAACGUGGGACAAGCCAAUUACGCUGCAGCCAACAUGGGCAUGGUUGGUGUCGCAGCCAACCGCCGCAAACGAGGCUUAAACUCUAUUGCCGUCAAUGUUGGUGCAAUCAUCGGUGUAGGAUACAUCACGCAAUCAGAUCGUCAACUAGAUCAGACGGUAGCCAAGAUGGCGAUGAUGCACCUAUCGGAUGAUGACUUUCACCAGAUCUUCGCGGAGGCGAUGGAGGGUGGUCACCUCGAUUCCACAGUGGGCGCAGAACUCUCCACCGGGCUGCUUGAUAUCUCACCAGAUUCGGUCAAUAUACCGAAAUGGUUUUUGGAUCCCAAAUUUGCUCGAUUCAUCGUGCAUCAGAUUGCAGGAUCUAGCGACAAGAAAGAGCACGGCAACGCUGCAUCCGUGCGGGAGCGACUCCAGAGUUGCAAAACUGAGCAAGAAGUAUUGCAGACAAUCAGACAAACCUUCGCAGCGCAGUUGCGCAAGAUCCUGCAAACAGACUUGGCUGACGAUGAGAUGUUGGCGAUGCGCGGCUAUGAACUUGGACUGGAUUCGCUCAUCUCUGUCGACAUUCGAAGUUGGUUCCUCAAAAACUUCUUGGCCAACAUUCCGGUUCUGAAAAUUAUGGCCAAUGAUGUCCAGAUGGACAGCCUAGCCCAACUUGCCGCCGAAAGCAUUCCCGGUAGCCUCAUUCCUGGAGUCUCCUCUCGCAGUGCCCCAACCCACAGCAGCAAUGGCACCAUUCAGAGUAGUGCAGUCGGUAGCCGACUUGAAACACAGGCUACAAGCCCUGCAACUACACCAAGUACACCCGCCUCUUCCGUUGACGAUGCAGCUUAUGAAAAAAUUGAUUGGAAAGCUGAGACCGCGGUUCCUGAGAACAUUGAACACACCAAACUCGGCCGGAAAGUCAGUGAACCGCCAAAGGUUGUGAUGCUCACUGGAGUCAGUGGUCUUCUGGGUCAUCACCUACUCAAUCACCUACUAGAGCAACAAAGCAUUGAGAAAGUCAUCUGUGUAGCUGUGAGACGACUAUCUGAACGAGUCGAGAAGGGAGACAUUCCUCCGGCUUCUCAGCGUGUCACCUACUACGAUGGAGACCUUCGGGACAGGUAUUUCGGGCUACCUGAAGCUGAAGCACACAAGAUUUUCGACGAGGUUGAUGCCAUCAUUCACAACGGCUCGGACACGUCCCAUCUGAAGUUCUAUUCGGCGCUGAGGGACGCGAAUGCAAAAUCGACACGACAAAUCCUUGAGUUUGCCAUUCCCCGUCAUAUACCAAUCCACUACGUCUCUUCGGCAGGAAUUGCCCUCUUCGCCGGAAUGGACGCAUUCCCGGAAAUCUCGGCCACGCUGACGGGAACACUUCCCCCAGCCGAUGGCGCACAUGGUUACAUGUGCGGAAAGUGGGUCAAUGAGUGCCUUAUGGAGAAAGUCAAUGCUCGUUAUGGCCUCAAAAUCUGUAUUCAUCGACCUUCUACAAUCAUCCGUGAGGGCGACGAUGCUACAACCUCGAGAGCCGAAUUCGAUUGGGUCAAUGCGCUCAUCCACUACUCUCACCGCAUUGAGAAGGUGCCAAAGAUCUUGCAUAGCCGUGGUGCAUUCGACCUUGUGUACGUUCAAAAUGUCUGCAAGGAUAUCGUCCGCGAGCUCUUCAACAGCAAUCUAACGGCAGCCAAUGCGGUCACAUACGUCAACAACGUGGGCGAUAUUGUCAUCCCCAUGGCCAAUCUUGUACAGAUUGGAGAUUCAAAGGGCAAGAAGUACCAAGUAUUGGAGAUGGAAGAUUGGAUUCGUGAAGCUAUUGCGGCUGGGCUUCAUCCGGCCGUCGCUGCGCUCAUUGAGACAUUUGAUGAGCCGGGUUCACCGGCAUAUCCAAAGCUAUUGAGGUCGAGGUCAUGA